AUGAUUAUUUUAGAUCUUUUCCACCAGGUUAUCAAUUUUUCCCAACUGAUGAAGAGUUGAUUAUCUCUUAUUUGAAGAGAAAGAUCUUGAAUCAAGAACUACCCAUGAACCGGAUUCGUGAUGAGAAUAUCUAUAAUUACCAUCCUCGAACUCUUGCUGGGAACGAAAGUACCCCAAAGGAUCUAAGCCUAAUCGAACAAGGUGGAUACUGGAAAGCAACCAAAAGAGAUGAAACCAUCAAAACUCAAGGUGGUGAAGAAAUUGGAUAUAAAAUGCAUUUGGAUUUUUAUGAUGGAACACAUGCACAAGGUACAAAGACAAACUGGAAAAUGCAUGAAUACAGGAUCAAUGAAGAGAAUGGCAUUAGUUCCCGAAAUAAUAACAACAAGGGUGAAGGCAGCAGCAGGAGGUUGGAUGAGUGGGUUUUGUAUAAGAUUUACAUAAACAAGAAUUUCAAAGCUGAUACAAACAACCAUAGUUCAAAGACACCAGACAAUUUUGAAGUAGUACUCCCAGUUACAAAUGUUACAAUGACUAUAAAAACUUAUCAUCAGCUAUUCAGCAUGAAGAUCAAGAUCAAUCUCGCAACGCCUCACAGUUCGACUACUCAACUUUGACGAACAGUUGUGUAGGAUCCAGCAGCAGCAACGUCUGGAAUCAAAACUCUACAGAUCAUUACAACACGUACUCGAUGCAGAUGAGUCAUGACCCAUCGUCGUCACAAUUUUUUUCUUCUGCGUUUCCCUUGCAAUCUUCAACAGACCAGAUUUGCACAGCUGGGUUGGAGCCUGUAGAUGAUAAGAUAUCAGAGGUCGAUCCAAGUUCUAUUGUGUUACCUGCGCAUGUCAGAGAAUAUGUCCAGUCUAUUCAGCUUGUAAAGGAUGAAGGUGAUGAUCAUGUUGCUAAAUGAAGUAGAUCAGUAUCUUAGCUUAAAUAUCUUCCGAUAACAGAUGAUAUAUUGCGUUAAGUGAUGAUGAAGGUCAUAAAAAUCAGUCCAAAGAAAUCUUAUGCACCAAAUAUUGUCAAAUAUAUCUGUACAUAUAUGGUACUUUGAAACAGAAAACUUUAGGAUAAUAAAUGUUCUAAAAUUAUAUUUUACAGUACAAUUAGGAUGAAGUUAAUAGCGGAUAGUUGUGCUAUCGCUCAUGCAUAUUGACUAUGAUAAUGCGUCUGCCUAUCAUGUUGAAGUUGUGGCAAUGGCGCUUCAUGCAGAAGAACCUUCAUCACUUGUCCUGCUUUUGGUCUCUCCUUACUGUUGAGGAGAGUGCACCAUAAUGUAAAGAAAAUAUUCAGUAGUUGGUAAGAAUAUCAGAGUAUCAGCUCUUUUAGGAAUGUAAAUAUAUGUUUCCUAGUACAGAACUAAUAGUAAAGUAGUUUCCUAGUUGGUCCCUGAUGUAUACUGUAUAUGUAAUCCCUCUUGUAUC